AUGAGGAAUUGGGUGGGCAAGAGAAGAGUAGAACUACCCAAGAGUAAGGGAACUCAAAAUUGGACUUUUAGAAACUGCAUGGCAGUUUUGGAAACUGCAUUGCAGUUUUGGAAACUGCAUUGCAGUUUUUAUUUAAUUACUCUUUCCUUGGUCUUCAACCUCACCAAUUUGAAGAGUAGAGGCUACCUAGAUGAGGCAUUGGGUGGGCAAAAGAAGAGUAGAACUACCCAAGAAGGCUACCCAGAUGAGGAAUUGGGUGGCCAAGAGAAGAGUAUAACUACCCAAGAGCAAGGGAACUCAAAAUUGCAAAAUUGGAUCAAAUUGUUCAUAUUGGUGAAUAAAGGGCAACGGAAUUGGUCCCUUGCAGAUGGUGGCAGGCCGGCUAGGGGCGGUGGCGGUGGCGACAGUUGGCCUGCGGCAGGAGGCCGACGGUGGUGGCCUGCGGUGACGGUGGGUGGUGGUGGCAUGUGGCCGGCGGUGGUGGUGGUGGACAGCAGUGGUGGCUAG